CCAUUCCUCUUUUCAUUUAUUCACAUUUGUUUAUGUUGUUGUCUCCCUCGCGGUCAUGGCGCUCUCCACCUCGCAGGCAAACUCUUCCCUCGAAAUUUUUUUGAGUUCCUUCUUCACAUUAUCGGAGAUUUGCAAAACUUGUUAUUUUACCUUGUUAUGAGGUUUUCUGGACCCAUAAAUCUGUUUAUUUCCUUUUGUUUUUGUUUUUUUCCUUGUUCUCUUUGGCGAGGGAAAAUGAAAUUUACUUGAAUUAUUACUGGUGGAGUAAGACUAUUUCCAUCUGAGCAUCUUCAAGAUUGAAUCUUUUUGGGUUUUCCAUUAAUGAUGCUGGUGAACUACAUGGCAGAGGCUGGAGAAAAUAAAGGAAAGGGCCAUUUGCCCACUCAAGUCAAUGGAUUUUCAAAAGAUCUACUGUUCAAUAACUUGCCGAACGGGAAUAUUUUAUCAAGAAAAUUCGAGGUUGAUAAUGGAGAAGAAGAGGUGGAGUUAAGUUUGGGGCUGUCAUUGAAUGGAAGGUUUGGGGUGGACCCAAAACAGGCUAAGAUGAAGUUAAUGCGAUCUUCUUCUGUAUUAACUUUCAUGUACGCUGGUGUUGCAGGCGGUGAAGAAAGCCACGCGUCAUUGGUGCCAAUUGCUUCGUAUUCGCCGUUGUCAAGGACUUGUUCUCUGCCAACGGAGACAGAGCAGGAGUGGAGGAAGCGGAAGGAGUUGCAGUCGUUGAGGAGGAUGGAGGCUAAAAGGAGGAGGAUGGAUAAGAUUAAGUUUAUGAGGGUUGGGAGGGAGAAGGUUGAGUCGGAGGAUUAUUCUGGUGAAGAAAAUGAGAGUAAUGGUACUAAUACCAAUAAUAGUUGCCAAGGUUUAGACAGCAUUAAUGGGAACGGGAAUGGAAAUAUGAUGCCAUCAUCCCAGGCAUCAAUUGGAUCACAAGGCAGUGCUUUCUCUGAGAUUUCUGAAUUCCAUAGUCAACCCAUUCAAGCGAACGAAAAGAAUGGCACAAAAAGCCCUUCCAGCGUGCAUUCUCUUAAGGUUCACCAUGAGCAAAAACCUCAAGUGCCUCCUGGAUCAGUGGUUGGCAAGGCAGCAGUUGACAAGGGAGCAAAAGAAGCAAAGGAGAUGCUCAAGAAUGUAAUGCUUGAUAUGCCUUGUGUCUCCACAACUGGAAAUGGGCCAAAUGGUAAAAAGAUAGAAGGAUUUUUGUAUAGAUAUCAGAAAGGAGAGGAAGUAAAAAUUGUGUGCGUUUGCCAUGGAAGCUUCCUGUCUCCGGCCGAGUUUGUCAAGCAUGCAGGCGGAACUGAAGUAGAGCACCCAUUGAGGCAUAUAGUUGUUAACCCUUCACCACCCUUGAUUGUAGCAAGGAAGCUGUAACAUGAAUCCCCUUAGCACUUGGUCAUCGCUGCUUAGUUUUUCUUCAUUUGCCCAAUUUGAUUUAAUGACGUCCAUCACCUAUUGGUUAAAUUUGUUUGUGUUAGGCUGACGCCUUGACUGCUGAGGGGUUCCAUUGUUUCUUUUGUUACUUCUACUUUCAAAUGAGGUCUUCUUCCUGGUUUCAAGAGCUGAUCAGAUUAGUCCCGUCCUUGUGGCUUACUAUUAACCACUGGAUCUCGAGUUUAGUGUCUCUCUUUAUUCUCAAGUUAUAUGCUACUAUUUCAUUAUGCG